UUUCUGUUCCUCCCCCAGUCAGGGACAAGACAGGCUCAGCACUGGACCAAUCUAGUAAAUCUGUGUUCGUCUGUUCCUUGAGCGGCAAGGCCAGUAUGGGGCCUUGCGUGGACACGGCACGUCGAUACUUCCGGUCAAGUCAGGGAUUACUGACACGUCAGAGAGGCUUCUGGGAGGCCCUGGCGCCACAGGCAAGGGGUGGACUCCAGGAACCGCCCUGGAUAGACGGGAUGGAAGAGGACGCGACGGGUUUACUGUGAACUUAAUAGGGGGUUUUUUUUCUUCUUCUUUUUGUUGUUCUUUUUGACAAUUCUGGGAAAAGAAAAGAAAGUUGGCAACGUGCUCGCUAAAUCAUGCGUUGUGGUUGUGGAAAAGAAUGAAAUAAUCGUUUGAUGAGGGUCUGCUGUUCUAAGAAAAGAGGUACAGUUCCAGGAAAAGAGAAUUUGAUCACAGCGUGCGAUUCUAUGAAAAGGAGAAUGGCGCGCCAGUGUAUGCGCAUGACUCAUUGUCGCGGAGAGUGAUACUGAAAGAGAAGUUUGUAUAUAGACCUUGUGGGGUGGAAGAGGUCUAGAAAAGCAAGUACAAAGUAGCUAAGCCAACAUCUGUUUGAGUAGCUAACACAUCGGGAUAGCUGUUGAAACAGUGUGUUUUCUGUUUCUGCCUCCCCUCCACCCAGUAGGACGUUAUGCCCCGUGGAAGGAAAAGGUAAUAGUCCUUGUUUUUCCUCAGUUCAUCCAACCGUAUGACAGAAGUGAAGACAUGUUAAUGAUAGCUUUGAAGGACUACCUGACUUCCCCUCUGUUUGUCUCCAGGGGAGACUGAUACUGAACAGUCCCGUCAAAAGAGUUAACGUGAAGCUGUCUGAACUUUCUAUUAGCAGAAGUUCAAAACUAUUGUCCAAAGUGUCUUUGAUUGUAAGCUUUAAAAAAAAAAUAUUUGGUGCAUAUGCUGCCCUGAUAUUUACCAAGAUUGUUUUACAGGGAUAAGUGGUUACGCAUAACAUAUUGUUUGUGAAAAUGUGAUACUAUGCCACAGACGUUUCGGGAAUAAACCACAGGCGCGUAUGUCUGUGUUGCCAGGUCUUACAUUGUCAACGUUGAAGAUCCUGAUCAAGAUUUCUAUGUUUAUCGUUUCCAGCCUCUUCACUUCUUUCUGUCAGAGUUGAAAACUUCAAGGAUUCUGUCUCGUGGUCAACCUGAAUUGUACUGAAAAUAAAAACUCUGAGCAAACGUAUAACCACUUCGGAUAGCACCACUGAACUACCUCGCCAUGAAUGCGAGCGAUUGGUCCUCCAACUCAUCGAGCGUCCCAAGCUCCUCCACGCUCUCCCCCUCCCUCCUCCCGCCAGCAGCAAACCCGAGUGUAGCUUCGGCUAUUUCCGUGAAUGUCACCGACGUCACAGCCGCCAUGUCCGAGAAACCGUGCGGAGAGGCUCUGUCGUCACAGACCCCCGCCCCUGUGCGACUUCCGGGUUCCUUGGACGCUCUCUUGUACAUCGUGAUAGUGCUCAUGUUCUACGCCUUCAGCAUCGUGGUGCUCAUGGUGAAGUACAUCCGGCGGGAGAGAGAAGAAGCUAACCUCAGAAACUAUUAUCACGAGUUCGUGUCACGUGACAAGUUUCGUUCAGCACAAUACAAAAACCGUCAGUUUAUGAGCCGGAUUUUCGGCAGAGGAGGCGGGAAGAACAAGCAACAAGGCGUGGUUUCUAUUGAAGAUGAGGAGAAUAGUGAACUGAGGGGCAGUUCACAGAACAGUUUCAGGAGGAAUAGGGGACAAGCGCAAACUAUCACUAGAAAAGGAAACACUUUCAGUCGACUGUUAGUGGAAUGUGACGACGAUGACAAUAGAACACAAAAAGAAAAAGAAAGUUUCACAUUCCUCAGUGCUAAAAACCAGUUUUGCCGAAACGGUUUCUUUGGUAAAAAGUUCUGCAAUAAACAACUGUGUUCCAAGUGCGUAUCUGAAAGUGCCCCGUCGAUAGACUGGUGUGACGGUAAAGGCGCAGUAGAAAAAUCUACCAAUUGUACCAACGCUGACCUUGUGGAAGUCACCCUUCACAACUGCAGCAGUAAUCUGCCCUCGUAUUCUCUUAAUUCUUCUCAAAGGCCUCGCCACUGCGAGGACAUUGAGACCAGGUAUUCCCUGGAGCGAGAUAAUCACACGUUCUUGCCCAUCAUGGAAUGUGAUUCUGAGAAAGAGCUGGAGGACAUGGUCAACAAUGUUGUGGUGGCGCCAGUUUUGCAGGCGGCGGGAGGGGGAGGGGAGGCGAAGGCAUGGGCCGACAGAGAGGCCCAGGCUUACCUGGAGGAGCACGCUCUGGUUUCUUCGUGCUCCCUCGAGGUCUCAGAACUGUUGGCCAACAUGCCACCUUUAGGAGCCGACGGCAGCAUAGAUAUGGACACCCUCGACGGGUUGUCCAAUUUGGACAGCGAAGCGGAGAGCCAAUCUUUGCUGAACUACUCCAACAGUCUCCGCGGUUCCGACUGCCGCUCUUAUGUACACUCCUCCAACAGCCUCAGGAGAAGCCCACGAAAAAUGCAUCGACUCAACAGCUCGGAAUCCAACCACAGUCACCUGUGCCGGUUCAGUCCGAAGGCUCUGACCCAGAACGACAGCUCGUCCAACAAAAAUGGCGACAUCUACGCAGACGACAGAGCCAGAGACUUGAGUGAUGUCCUCUCCGAGCGGACCUCACUUCUCUCCUGCACGCUUUCCAUAGCGGAGGCAGACGACGACGACGCACACACGAACCACAGCUCCUCCAAACACUUCCUCCCGAACGGCUUCACGUGCCCGAGCAACACAAACGGGAAAAUCAAACCCCCGGAGCUCAAGAACAGCAGCAAGCACGACCUAAAAAGCAAUGGGAAAUCUGUUUUAAAUUCUUUGUCAAAGUCGAUAAGUAGCGAAGAGGAGGACGUCAUGAAGCUGCUCAAUGACAUAACCCUCCUCACAGACGACUCAGGAGUGUUCCGGAAUCUCAAAUACUUUUUACGAAGCUUUUCCAGAAACGACGAAGAGAAAGAUAUCGCGGUCACUCAUGACAAACCCAGCGCGUUGCCUAAGGAAACCUAUUUCGGACCUGAUAGUCCAAAAAGUGUUGUUGGAAAUUCCGAGAUCGGCGACUCUGUCCCGGCGUUUGCGUCCUGCAAUGGCUCGGUUCACGACGCGUCCUCAAGACUUCAGUGUGACUUGGAUUCUGUAGACGAGGACCAGAUUCCCUUCGACUCCAGCGAGAAGGAUUACGGCAAUCGCUGGGGCUACACCUACGACGAAGAAGACGAUCUAUUUUCAGAUAGGUCUUCAAGCGUAGGUCAACGUUCUUCCAGUUUCGGGGAUUACUGUAUGGGUCAGGCCAGUGAAUCGCAGACGAUUGACCUGAGUAAACCUCUGGUGAGGAGGCAGCUGGAUUCCGACACCAAGGCUGGGCUGAGUAGGGCGUUUAUUGGACUGGGAGAUCCCUGGUUAGAUGAUCUUCCCAUUCACAAACCUAAUCCUAUGGUAGCUGGGUACGGGCCUGCCAGGAAGGAGACCAAAGUGUGAUAACAAGAAAGACAUAUUAUAUCAGUAUAAGUAUUUUGCCUUGUAACAAUUACGGUACUUUGAGCGAACUACUUUUUUGAACCAAAAGCAUUUUAACUGUAACAAAAACUGUCACCGGGUCCCGCUACCAAAAUUAUACGUGUUGUAGAUCAAAAAAAGCAAAUAAUGUAUAGAAAGCUAUUGAUACCUUUCAGUCCAUCAAGCUUCAACCUUCAACAAGCAUUCUCAUCUGGCAGUAAACAAGUCUUUUCUUUCGGUGGACCCCCCCCCCCCCCCCC